AUGGUCCUUGGAAACGCAGGUAUCUCGCGGCGGUCUGAAGACCGAUCCAGGAGAUCGAUGGUAGCGUACCCGUGUGUAUAUUCAGAAGCCGAGAAGCGCGUCUCUAUAACCGAGAGGUCAGGAGCACAUCAUUUUGUGGGGGCCUCUUCAACAACACAUCUCGCCAAGCGAUUGAAUCCCGGCUCGACAAAUUUUGCGUGGGAUGUGCGUCCACUCUACGAUGAUCCGAGCUCACUAAGAAGACCUGUCGGGGGUAAUCUUCCUCAGUUGCCACCAUUCGAAUUCGCAAAGCGGCUGUUCUGGGUGCAAUAUGCCUAUAUUGGGACCAUCUUCUCGCUCAUCCAGCCCUUGGAGUUUGAAGAAAGGCUUGAUUUAGUCUACCAUCAACCUCUGGACUUUUCAAAUCGUGAAUCCUGUCUAGUUUACUGUCAAACACUACUGGUCAUUGCCUUUGGCUUGAUGUAUAGUGUGAAUCAAUGGAAUGGCGAUGAUGGCCCACCAGGUUUCAAAUACUUUAAGCACGCUCUGCGUUUCUUGCCAGAUAUUCACGAAGAGGGCUCAAUAUUCUUUGUUGAGGUUUUAUGCUAUGUCGCAUACUAUAUGCAGAAUCUGAAUCGACGAGAUGCGGCAUUUCUCUACAUUGGACUCGCUCUACGCAUGGCUAUAUCUUUAGGUCUUCACCAGGAGGUUUCGGAUCCAACAAUAAGCGAGGCAGACCGCAACCGGCGACGUCGAGCUUGGUGGUCUGUCUAUAGCUUAGACAGGUUACUCUCGGUCAAGUCCGGCAAUCCGAUUACAAUCCAUGAUGAAGAUAUUGGAAUCACCUGGCCAGAAGCGGUGAAAUAUACAGAAAGAAACCUGGAUCAGGAUCCAAUCUCGUUGCAUCGUCUUCGUAUAGACUUUACCACACUCGACACCCAUAUCAAUCGCGAGAGUGUCUCAAUCAAUCUGCAUUUCUACUCAUGUGUGAACAUGACUGCGCGUCCGCUGGUCUUCUAUGUUAUUCAACGACGACUUGAUGCAGAAGCACUUGGAUCUGCCACACAAGAUUGGAAAGAAGAACUGUCUCCUAAUACUGUCGCUGUUAUUGACAGCUGCAUCACAGCAGCUCGAGCUACAACUCUUAUAAUGGAUGCAGCAGCGAAGCAUAACCUCAUUGCUACAUAUGGUUACCUCGAUGGCGAAUACAUCUUCUCAGCGGCAUUGCUGCUAGUCAUGGUGAAUGCUGCAUUCCCUCCCAAUGAAACCAGCGCACGGGCUAUGGAGACCGCGCUCAGCCUUCUUCGCGGGAUGGCAGACCGUGGAAAUAUAUACCUGGGCUCCCGUCAUUCACUCUUGCUGGAAUUAAGGGCAGCCAUUGGAUCUAAACCUGUCGGGAUACAUGAUAAUGCCCCGGCGAGUCCUGGAAGUCCGAAGCUCCCUGCAACGCCGGCAACCGAAAACGGUGUAAAUAUACCAGAACUUCCCGACGUGGAUAUACAACUGUCAAAUUCACAAGGUCUUUCUAAUGACUGGCAGCAAACAGAUAUCCCAUCUUUUCGAGAUAUUGCUUUCCAGUUUGACCUUAAUGAUGAUCCCGCACUGUGGGAAGGGGCUUUGGAUCAGAUUGAUAUGAAUAUGGAUACCGAUUGGAUUGAAAAUACUUUGAAACGAUAA